UCCAUAUUUUCCAGAUUAAUUGUCCCCAAAUCUUCUCCCUCUCUGUUAGUUCCUUUCAUUUCUUCACCCGGUGACCUAAAUCCUUAGAGUUUCGAACCAGAGUUAUACUCAAAGGAACAGCCCCGAAAUAAUGCCCUUGAAAGCAAUGAUAGAGGUUGAGCCACCGAGUCCAUUAAGAUAUAUCAUCGGAGCAGCUGUCAUGAUGAUCGGAGUCGUAUUGCCCGUCGUAUACAUGAUGUUCCGUAACAAACGCGUCCCUUCCUCUUCCUCUUAUUCCAAACAGACGUAGGAACAAAGUUUUAAUAUAGAGAUAUUGGUUGAAGAGAGACAUUUUUUCAUGCAAAAUUGGUGUUUUAAAUUUGAAGGACGAUGAGGGAAGUAUUGAAAGAAGGCCUUGAGUGACCUGCACAUACAAAAAAUGUAAAUGACUUAUAAAACCCUCACUCCUAUUUUGUGUUGUUUGGAUAUUGGUUGAUGUUUGAAAGAUGAAAUGUGUUGUUUUCUUCAA